UAUGGUUACCACACUCGGUUACUGGUGAGCAAACGAUGAAAAAAGUUUAAACUGACCAAGAAUGGAUAAAGGAAUGCCCCAAAGCAACGCUCGAACCGACUGUUUUGUGGACAACCUAAUAGAGGACGAGGCUGGGAGGGAGAAUCUUCUUGCCAAACCCACCUGCUUCAUCAUAGUUGGAAGACCGGGUGUUGGCAAAUCCACCUUGGCCAAAAAAAUUGCAGAGUCCUGGAAGUGUAUCUUGAUUGAUGAUGCAGAUCUGCUCAACACACACAUAAAAAAUAAAACAACGCAAGGCAUAAAGCUCCUAAAAACUCUAUCUGAGGGGAAGAGCAUACCAGAAGAUCAGGUGCUGCAGCUGAUUCUUGCCAGGCUUAACUCACCGGAUGUGGAGCACUAUGGAUACGUGCUGAGCUGCCUGCCAUUCAUGUCAGAGGACUGUCUGAAGAUCCAUGAGCAGAUUGAACUGAUCAAAAACCUCAAGCUAACACCUGAUUUCAUCAUUAAUAUCAAGUGUGCAGACAAGGACCUGGCCCAGAGGAUGUCAGGUCUGAAGCAGUACCCAGAGACAGGGCAGCUAUACAACAGGGAGCAGUGGAAGCGUGAAGAGGUGCACAUCAACAAGAAAGAGAACGAGGAUGAGGAAGUGGAGGAUGAAGAGGAGCAGGCUACUGAAGAGGAAGUCCAAAAGGAUAUUAUUGACCAGCUGGUGUGGAUACCAGAGAAUUUGGCCAGAAAUGCUUUUAUUAGAAUCAGCAUGUACAAAGAUACCAUGCUCAGACCACUGGAGGACUACAUGACGAACCACAACCCACUCUACCUGUUGGAGUUGGAUGGAAACAAGACACCUGAGGAGCUACACUCGUGUGUAAUGUCCCGUCUUGGAUCCAUGGCAAUAAAACGUGUCUCGAUUCCCAUCCUCCUCCACCAGACUGAUUAUGAAGAAUUGCCAGAAGAUGUUGACACGGAGGACCUACUGAGAAUUAUGUCCUCUUCCAGGAUAGUGGCCCCUGGCUUUAGGUGGAGAAGAAGCCGCUGGGGCCGAAACUGUCCUGUUGCUCUAAAGGAGGGCCAGGUCAUGCUUGGCAAGCCUGAAUUAUCUGUAGGCUUCCAGGACAAACUGUACAUCCUCUCAUCUCAGGAGUCCUACCAGAAGUUUGUCACAAACCCCAGACGGUACUUACUUCCUCCAAUGCCCAGGCCACCUUGCAGGGUUUCCAUCAUUGGGCCCCCUCAGGCAGGGAAGAGCACCCUAUGUAAGCUUCUAGCCCAGCACUACAACGCAUUGGUGUUUGACAUGGAGGAACUGGUGCAGCCACUUCUGGCCAAGGCUGAACAGGAGAGACUUGACAAAAUGAAAGCGGAGACUACACAGCUCGCUAUAGAGAAAAUCAAGAUGAAGAUGGAGCAGGGUGGCGGACAGAAUUCAGUGACAGAGGAGCAUCCAGAGGUGAAAGCCAUGGUGCUUAGUACACUGGAAGAAGCCAAACAACUGAGCGCAUCUCCCUUUGGCCUGUAUGCUCAGGUACUGGAGAACCGUAUAAAAGAGAUUGAAGAGGCAAACACAGAUGCAGAGCUCAGGGCUGGCUGGGUGCUUGACAACUUUCCCAUGAACUUCUCCCAAAUGGAUGCCUUACAGCAAGGUGAAAUCCUGCCAGACAUCCUCUUUUGUCUGAGAGACAGUGGUGGAAAUCAAGUUUUGAAGAGAUUGUAUGAGAUGAACAAGGAGAACGUGGACAAAGCAGUAAGGAAGAGGCUGCAGGACAAACAGUCUGAAAAGGAGAAAAAAGCCCUAGACCAGAAGGAGCAAGAAUCAGAAAUGCACUCAAAUCUAGAGACGGUAAUUGAGGAAACUGAUGGUCAAUCUGACACCACAAGCCCUGUACACCCUGACGUUGUCAAAAUCUCUGUUGCUCAAGCUGUGACACUACCUCAUCAUUGGGAGUUGGGUUAUCCUGACGGUCCAGAGAUGAAUGACUAUAAACUGCAACUGCAACGGUUUGAAUCCGAAUGGGAGCAAAUGAAGUCUGCUCUAAAUGUUGCCUACUCAGUACUGGAGAUUGAUGGCAAAAGCCCUGAGGACUUGCUUCAAGAGAUGGUCCUUCAAAUGGAGAAGCCCUUCAAGUAUGUGCCUUGGGAGCUGUCAUCCUUGGACCUACACGAGGAGGCUGAGGAUAUCGAGGCCUUAGCAGAGCUGGAGAGGGCCAAGGAAGGCAGCAGUGACAAUGACUCGGCAGGGGACGAGGAUGAACAGGUGGACACAACGGCCAAGAGAUUAAUGGGUGACACUCAUCAUUUCUGCCCUGUGGCCUUAAAAAACCAUAGCGUCCUAUGGCCCUGCACGGAUGAAAUUGCAGCCAAGUACCGUGAGAAGAUCUACUACUUCUCCACCCAGGAAGCAAGAAAUGCCUUCUUUCAAAACCCUACACAAUUUAUUGCAAAGACUGAGCCUCUCAAGCCCCCUGCCCUGCGGGUCUUUUUGCUUGGCAGCCGUGGGUCAGGCAAGACCUCUCAUGGGGACUGGCUCGCCCAGCAGCUUGGCGUCUUCCAUAUUCAGUUCAGGGAGCAGCUGCAAAUGCUCAUCAUGGCCAAGACAAAGAAGGGGGUGCCUUAUGCUGAUGAAGUAGAGUCUUCGGAGGAGUCUCCUGAGGACUUGGAGGCCCUGAUAAAGGAUGCCAGGGUGGGGGACGGAGAGGAGGGGACGGAGGAUACCUUUGAGGACAUGAAUGACAUGGAGGAAGUGGUGCUGACUGAUGAGGAAAUGGCCAUCAAAGCCUACCUCUCUGAUGGAGAUCCACUGAGUCCACAGAUCCUGGACAUGGUUAUCGCACCAUACUGGAAACAAGAACCAUACAUGUCCACAGGUUUUAUUCUGGAGGGUUUCCCACAUCAUCCCGAUGAGGUGCAGUACGUGAUGCAGCAACAGCUUUUCCCUGACAUUGUUGUCAUCAUGGCGGUGGAUGUCACAGAUGUUCAGAAACGUCUGUUGCCGACCUACCUGGAGAAGUGGCGUGAGCGUCGCAACCAUCAUGAAGCACGGCUGAACCUCCUUCGUGAUCUGCGCAAGAAAAACCAGGAGGAGAACAUUUUCAGGAGAAGGGCUGAACUCACGGCAGAGAAAGGUGCUACGAAAGCCAAAACAAAGGAUGAAGAAGACGAUGAAGAGGAAGAAGCUGCAGAUAAUAUAGAGGAUGAGAUAGAGGCCAUUCUGGAGGAGGAGUUUCCUUUAGAAGAGGAUAACGAAGACACUGAGACUUAUGAGACAGAGGAAGCAGCCACUGAGAGACUGGAGAGGGAGAUAGAAGAGCGUUUCGUGACAGAUGAAAACCACCUCGUUACUGUAACGGGCCUGCUGAGUGAGCAAAACAUACCCAGCGUCUCAAUCAGUGCAUCUCGCAAGCUCCGAAUCGUGCGGCAUCAGCUGCUCCAGAAAAUGCAGCCUCUGCUGACUAACAGGGAGUCACUCUUCCAAAAAUGUCAACCCAUCCCAUACAGCCUGGCACAGAAGCUGCUGCUCUCCUCUUACAAGCUCCACAGUGCCUUUGGCUGCUGGGAUCCAAUCAAGCAAUACAAAGAGAGAGACUUAAUCCAGCCUCUGCAGUGGCCUCUCAGUACCACAUAUCCCCUGAUCUUCCAUCAGUAUAUCUACUUCUUUGCAUCUAAGGAGAACCGCAACACAUUUAUGCUCAACCCCUUGAAGUACCUUAGGCAGCCCAGGCCCUCCCCAUCCUUCCCUGUCAAAAUGGCUGUCCUUGGACCACCCAAAUCUGGAAAAACUACUGUGGCACAGAUGUUUGCCCAAAAAUAUGGCUUGGCGCGGCUGUCCAUUGGCUGUGUUGUGCGUAUGGUGCUUAACACUCAGGAGCACACUGAUCUGGCUGUCCAGAUGAAAAAGCAUCUCUCCCAGGGCCUCGUUGUGCCUGAUGAACUGGUUAUUCAGUGUCUGGAGGUAGUGCUCAUGAGCUCAGUCUGCAGCACACGAGGGUAUGUAUUGGAUGGCUUUCCGAUGACACUGAAGCAGACAGAGCUCAUGGGCUCUCGGAGCAUCAUUCCCAUGAUAGUAGCUGAGCUUGAGCUGGACACAGUGGAGGUGCUGAAGAGAGGUCUUGUGGACAAGAUAAAGCCCAACAAGCCUCACCUGAUGCAUGACAGCUCUGAGAUCCUCCACAUUCGUAACUCUUGUUACAAGCAGGAGAUGGAGCAGGUGAGGAAACAUUUCCAACAACAAUAUCAGAACUGGAUUCGGCUCGAUGGCUUAAGGAGCAAAUGGUGGAUCUGGAACAGCAUUAUAAAAGAAGUCAGUAUCAGCAUGACAUAUAUCCACCACUACCUGGAGAGGACACAAAGUGGUCGAGCGGCCUGCAUCAACAGACUGUGCAUCACACCCAAGGAGCUGCACUAUCGGCUUGGAGAGUUUGGCCAGUACUGCCCUGUCUGCCUGGCUCUACAUCACCACCUGGUGGACUGCUCAGAAAUUGUGGCCUUGACUCAUGCAGCUGAGCACAGAGGACAGUAUUACAAGAUGUGUGGCGAAGGCCAUCUAGAGAGGUUCCUGUCCACUCCAGAUCAAUUUGUGACUCCUGGCUGCCCACACACUCUCCCAAAACCCCACCUGCUGCCAAGAAAGCUAACUGAGAUUCAGGUGAAGAACAGGUUUCCACAGCAAGUUGAAAUGAAGGGCUUUUGCCCCAUCACGUACCUGGAUGGAAAGCAAAGGUAUGAAGCCCUGGUUCGAGGAAAGUUGGAGUAUGCUGUGGAAUACAGAGAACGGAUCUACAUUUUUGAGACGAAGCAGAAACAGGACAAGUUUUUGAGGACUCCUGAAACCUACUGGGACCAGAGACUGCCCAGUAAAGUUCCUCCUCUUUGUGAGCCUGUACCCCUCACCUCCCUUCCAACAUUGGGUUACCUGGAACAGGGUGUGGCAGUAGCAGUCAUCAAGGCCAUGACAGCUGUUGGGUGUCUUAAACCAAAGUAUCCCUUCCUCAGUAUACAAAGAUCAGCACUCCUCUAUGUGGCCUUCUAUCUGAAAGCUUUCAACAACAAGAUUACAGACUACACUCGCCAGAAGUACAAAAAGAAGCUGGCCUUGUUUGAAGAGAACUGUGCGCUCAUUCCCUACCUGAGCUCAACAAUGAGAGGGAACUACAAGCCUCCCAGUGAACGUCCCAUUGACUUCGAGUUCAAGCUGAACAGGUUCCUGGCCUUGGAAGACUUACCAAGAGCCAACUGCGUACUGUAG